UAAUCUAAAGAAGCCCUCUCCCAUCUCCUCUAAUGGCGCGCACGAAGCAGGCAACGAGGAUGUCCACCAAUGGCAAGGUCCCAAGGAAGCAGCCGGUGGCGAAGAAGGUGGCACGCAAGUCGGCCCUGGCCAUCAAUAGAGUGAAGAAGCCCCAUCGCUUCCGCCCCGGCACUGUCGCGCUCAGGGAGAUCCGCGUGUACCAGAAGAUCACGGAGAUGCUGAUCUGCAAGCUGCCAUUCCAGCGCCUGGUACGGGAGAUCGUGCAAGACAUCAAGAUUGACAUCCGCUUCCAGAGCUCCGCCGUCUCCGCACUGCAGGAGGCCGGCGAGGCGUACCUCGUCGGGCUAUUCGAGGACACCAACCUCUGCGCCAUCCACGCCAAGCGCGUCACCAUCAUGCCGAAGGACAUUCAGCUUGCCCGCUGCAUACGUGGGGAGAGGGCUUAGGUUCGAUUGGCAAACCCGUAGGGAACUAGUAGUAACCGUGCAUGUGAUCUGCGGUCAUAUGGGGUUUUUUCGGUCGGUGGUGUUAAUCUGUGAUGGUUUGAGUGGUUGUUUUUCUUC